GGUAGCAGAAGGCUGGGGCAGUCCAAGAUGGCGGCGGCCAUGGUCAGGUCUGUGCUGUGGGUCUGGAGAAGAACCGACAUCCAGCGAGGCUGCGGACGAAGGCAGCUGAGCCAGACCCAGAAGCCUCCUGAUUACCCCAGCUUUGUGGAGUCUGCAGAUGAGUACCGGUUUGUGGAGCGCCUCUUACCCCCUACCAGCAUCCCAAAGCCCCCAAAACAUGAACAUUAUCCCACGCCCAGUGGCUGGCAGCCUCCCAGAGAUCCCCCACCCAACCUGCCCUAUUUUGUGCGGCGCUCCCGGAUGUACAACAUUCCUGUCUACAGGGACAUCACACAUGGCAAUCGCCAGAUGACUGUGAUCCGGAAGGUGGAAGGGGACAUCUGGGCUCUGCAGAAAGAUGUAGAAGAUUUUUUGAGCCCACUGCUGGGGAAGAAACCAGUCACCCAGGUUAAUGAGGUGACAGGUACUCUGCGGGUCAAGGGCUACUUUGAUGAGCAACUUAAAACCUGGCUUCUUGAGAAGGGCUUCUGAGCCCCACUGAGCAACCUGUGUGGGCUGGAGGCCAGGGGACCUCAGGAGGAGGGAAUGGGACAUUGGAGCCUUUGGGAACAGGGCUAUGGGCUCGGGCUGAUCCCAGUGUGAGGCUGAAAGGCUUUAGGUAAGUCAGGCCUUGAUUGAAUAAGGGGAAAUCAGACUCCUCCAUACAAGGGUCCACUGGGAGAGAGUUGACCAGCAUGGGAGACCCACCAGGAAAAACCAUUCUCGGGCUGGGAAGGUGGUUCAGUGGUAGAGCGCUUGCCUUGCAUGCCUGAGGCCCUGGGUUCAAUUCCU